CAUCGACACAUCCGGCCACAGUACUUUUGCUUUGAAGGGUUAAAAUCCGGCGGCUGUCAUGAGUUGUGACGCAACUUUGCUGUGUACACAACAACACAAAGUCACAACUUGUUGCUGGUCAAAGUUUACGCCGUUUGCCCAGAUAGCUGGCGACAAGCGCGUUGCUAACAUUGGCUAAGAGGAAGCUAACGGCUAAGUCGGGCGAAGCGGACGUUCCAACGUGUCGCUCUCAGGAGGGAAUGGAGAAAGCUAAACAGGAUGCCUUCGACAACGCCAGGCUCCAGGUGAUCAAAGAUGGCUACGAGAGGGCCUUCGAGUGCCUCAACACAGGGCUGACGGCGGACGAAGCCGGGGACAGGGCGCGGGCCCUGGAGCUGUACAGGCGCGGGCGGCAGCACCUUCUCCGGGCCAUCAGCGUGCCGUCGCAGGGGGAGGAGUGCGUGGGCAGCUCCUGGGACUCGGCCCGACAGAUGCAGCAGAAGAUGCGGGAGACGCUGGACAACAUCACCACCCGCCUGGCCAUCCUGGAGACCAGCCCGGACCGCGGGGCUGCGCCUGCAGGCGGCUCCGCGGGGGGUCUCUACCCGGAGCUCCCCGCGGACGAGAGGCCGCAGAAACGAGGACCCCCGACCCUGCUGUCCUCCGGCGGCGGCGGCGGCGGCGUGCUCCCCCUCUCACCCACCCGGCAGCUGUCGCUCCCAGCUGAGGAGCCUCCAGCCUACUCGCCCCAGGCCGCCGAGGGCCACCUCUCCAUCUCCUACGGAACGGACACCGGGGAGAUGUCGCUGGUGGGCGACGGCUUCUACGGGCGCUCGUCGCCCUCCACGGCGUCUGCCCCGAGCGUGGGCGAGGACGGGGAGGAGCUGCUCUACAUCCCCCACGGCGUGCAGAUCUUCUUCGUCACGCCCGAGGGCCACGUCAGCGCCCCGUCGUACCCCGGGUACCUGCGGCUGGUGAGGUUCACUGGGGACCAGUCGGGCGCGGGGCCGGACCGACCGCCGGCUUUCCUGCAGGUGUGUGACUGGCUCUACCCUCUCAUGGCCCUGGACUCGCCGGUGCUGCUGUGUACCACUGGGGUGUUCAUGUUUCCGGACAUGAUGGCCCCAGCUCCAGGCUACUACGUGGGGGUGGUGCUGUCCUCCGAGCUGCCGGCUGCAGACAGGGAGGUGUUCAGAGACCUGCUGUCCCAGAUGACAGAUCUGAGGGUUCAGGCCCAAGAUGAAGCUGAAGAAAGCAUUAAUCUUGGUAAAAAGGUGCUCAUCUCCACACCCGAAGACGCUCAGCCAGAACCAACCGAGGAGGAAAAGUCUCUGCCCGAGUGGAGCGAGAAGGUGUCAAAUGGGAUCCUGACAGGUGCGUCCUGGCUCAGCUGGGGCCUGGUGAAAGGAGCCGAGUUCACGGGGAAAGCUAUUCACAAAGGAGCAUCCAAACUCAGAGAACACAUCACUCCAGAGGACAGACCCACCCAAGUGAGCCCCACGGUCACCAAAGGCCUCCAUGUUGCCAAGCAGGCGACGGGAGGAGCUGUCAAAGUCAGCCAGUUCCUAGUGGACGGGGUGUGUACCGUUGCUAGCUGCGUUGGCCGGGAGCUGGCGCCGCAUGUGAAAAAGCACGGAGGCAAGCUGAUUCCCGACUCCAUGAAGAAAGACAAGGAUGGGCGGUCCAACAUAGACGGAGCCAUGGUGGUGGCUGCCAGUGGAGUGCAAGGGUUCGCCACCAUGUGGACUGGUUUGGAAGUAGCAGCGAAGAACAUCGCUACCAAUGUAGCGUCAGAAACAGUCUCCACUGUAAAACACAAGUAUGGGGCAGCAGCAGGACAAGCCACAGAUCACGCUGUCAAUUCAGCCAUCAAUGUCGGUAUGACUGCCCUCAAUAUUGACAACCUGGGGAUCAAAGCAGUGGUGAAGCGGACUGGGAAGCAGACGGCACAGGCCCUUCUGGAAGAUUACAAGCUUCAGGAAAAACCAAAGAACGGGAAUCAACUUGAGAAAUCAGACAAAUAACCUGUAUUGCACUAUACUGCCUUAUUCUCCCAUUGAUGCCUUACAGCAUUAUUUGUAUUCUUCUGUCAAAUAAGUCUAUAUUUAAAUUAAUUAUUUAUAUACAUAUCUUCUAUAUUUACAACAGGAAUACUGUUAUAUAUACAUUUCAUAUACUAAUACAGCUUCUAAGCACUUUAAUAUUAUAUAAAAUCUGGUAGAGGUACAGAAGCCUAAAUUAAAAUAAUUCAUGAGGCACAGGGUAACAUCCAGUGAUCAUUUAACUUGGAUGCAACAGCUCAACUGCACUUUGUAGUAAAAAAAGUGUUGAAUUGUUGUAGAGUUUAGACUGAAAUCGCUCCUUAUUGUAAUGAAGUGUCUUUGUGUGUGUUGUUUUCCUGACAUUGUGUGAAUUAUUUGUGUUUUCAAGACGACUGAUAAAAAUGUCUGUGUGAUGAUGCACUAUACUGCUUACUGCUGUACUGUUUGAAGGUAUCACCUGCAAAUAUCCCUCAAUUUGAAAAAACGCUUUGUAAACAUGUAGCCUUGUCUGUGGGCUUUUAAGCAUUUGUCAGACCUACAGUAGCAAGUUUACCCUGUGAAUGAUAAUACUAAAUUAUAUACUAAACUGCUACAAUCUGCUGUACUGCCUUGUGUUUCCAUUAAUUUGUAUUAGUAUGUUAAUAUUUAAAUAUUUAAUAUAAGUGUUUAUUUCAAUGAACAAUUUAACACAAUGUAAAUUUUGAAGUGAUCUAAUCAGGUUUGCUACGUUUCUAACUUAAGCUCUGACUCCAGGUGCUCACUGAGGUUUCUUCAUCACCAGAGAUCACGCUUUACUGAAAAAAAAUAAAAUGGUUGAAUUUU